AUGGCGAAGCAGUACGAUGUGCUGUUCCGGCUGCUCCUGAUCGGGGACUCUGGGGUGGGCAAGACCUGCCUGCUCUGCCGCUUCACCGACAACGAGUUCCACUCCUCGCACAUCUCCACCAUCGGUGUUGACUUUAAGAUGAAGACCAUAGAGGUAGAUGGCAUCAAAGUGCGGAUACAGAUUUGGGACACGGCAGGGCAGGAGAGAUAUCAGACCAUCACAAAGCAGUACUAUCGACGGGCCCAGGGAAUAUUUUUAGUCUACGACAUUAGCAGCGAGCGCUCUUACCAGCACAUCAUGAAGUGGGUCAGUGAUGUGGACGAGUACGCACCAGAAGGUGUCCAGAAGAUACUUAUAGGGAACAAGGCUGAUGAAGAGCAGAAACGGCAGGUGGGAAGAGAACAAGGGCAGCAGCUGGCUAGAGAGUAUGGCAUGGACUUCUACGAAACAAGUGCCUGCACCAACCUCAACAUUAAAGAGUCCUUCACGCGCCUGACGGAGCUGGUGCUGCAAGCGCACAGGAAGGAGCUGGAAGGCCUGCGGACGCGUGCUGACCACGAGGUGGCCUUGGCAGAGCUGGAGGAGGAGGAAGGCAAACCCGAGGGCCCGGCAAACUCUUCCAAAACCUGCUGGUGCUGA